CUAGAAACCAAAAUAUGAAACUCCUUUUCAAUUCUUUUUUUGUAUAAAUAGAAAAGAGUAAAGUGAUUUUCCCUAAAAAUUAUUUUAUUCAUCAAUCAUAAAAACUUUACAUCAUUGCUAUGCCCGUUGCUAUACCCGAAAAGCGUGUCUCCAGAAAAAUCACUGUGAAUUUGGAUCACCAUCAAACCAAUGUUCGACCUGUUAUUAAAGGUGCCAUUAAGGAAGCCUCUCAUACUUUAACAGAAUCAUUCAACUCCAACAAAUCUCUUCAAGUAUCUACUGUAAAUUUGGAUGAAACUAAGCGUGAUGAUUUCCUCUUCAACUUGUUCAGGGGCAUGGUUGAUACUGCCUCUCUUCAAAGCCGAGAUUUUGCUGUACAAGUAGAUGGUUGUAAAGGUGUCUUGGUCUGGUCUAAUCGUUCCCAACUGUUUUCUUGGCCCAAUACCAUGCAAACAUUCAAAUAUGCUCGCCGUUUAGGCUGGACAGCCGCUUUAAGAACAAUUCUCAAGCUAAAGUCAACUAGUGCAGAUAAACUGCGUCGUAAAAUUAUGACGAAUUACCCAAAGCAUAUUACUAUCGGAUUUAUUGGUGUUCUUCCACACGAGCAAGGUAAAGGAGUUGGAACUGCUCUUGUUGAACACGUUUUGGAUAAGGCAGAUCAAACACAUUAUCCAGUCUAUGUCGAAGCUACUGACUACCAAGCUGUUAAAUUUUUUGAGCGAUUUGGGUUUGUUUCUCAGGGUCAAAUUGCGCUUGAUAAAGAUCAACUUAUCACAAUUACACCGAUGGUGCGUCAGCCUGUUACAAUGAACGAGCCUGUACCUUUCCAUGUGCGUCCUGGCAGAAAAGACUCAGACUAAAUAAGCUUCUAAAAUUAUCCCCAAACAUUAUUAUAUACCCCUAUUUAUUCCUUAUACACUACAAUUUUAAUAAAACUUGUUCAUCUUAGAUCAAUAAAUUUUUAUUGGUUCACAUCUACUCA